AUGAGAUUUGGCAUAAAUAUUGACCACAGCCUGGAAGAAGAAGAGAGUAGUAGAGAAGUCCCGCAUGGGGUAUUCUUGAGUAUCGUGCCGGGAGAAGCGCGGCCGUCGCCCCUGGCGCCGCCAGCCGUCAAGAUAGCCACAGAGUCGAAGCUGGCAGUGUGCGGCGGCUGGGGGCAGGCUGGCUACGCACUCGAGGGCUGCGUGGACCCCGGUCUGCUCCGGCCUCCGCAGCCGCACUCGAACCAACUCGGCACCGUGUACGCGACGAAGAGGAGAAGGAGGAAUGGAAAGAGUAUCAAGCCCCCAUCAAAAGACGGCGUCACGAAGAGCAACCCUAGCAAGCGGCACCGCGAGCGGCUCAACGCAGAACUGGACACCCUCGCAUCGCUCCUGCCCUUCGAACAGAACAUCCUCAGCAAGUUGGACCGUCUAUCCAUCUUGCGACUCUCUGUCAGCUAUUUACGCACCAAGAGUUACUUCCAAGUGGUCAUGCACAAGGAGAAGGAGGAGAUGCUCGCUCAUCGCCGGGAUCACGCGCAUUAUGACCACGCUAUGCCGGACGGCGAGAUGUUCUUACAGGCUCUCAAUGGUUUUCUGAUGAUCCUAACAUGCGAGGGGGAGGUAUUCUUCGCGACGCACAGCAUUGAAAGCUACCUCGGUUUUCACCAGUCAGACAUAGUCCACCAGUCGGUGUACGAGCUGGUGCAUUCAGAAGACAGGGAGGAGUUGCAACGGCAAUUAUUAUGGAACUCCUUCUUAUCACCGGAAUCUAGCAAUCUAACCCUUCAAGAUGUUCUCAGACCAGAAAGAACUCAUCUUCUAGAAAGAAGUUUCACCGUCCGAUUUAGAUGUUUACUAGACAACACUUCUGGAUUCCUGAGGCUCGAUAUUCGAGGUCGUAUUAAAGUUCUCCAUGGUCAAAACAAGAAGACCGAAGAGCCUCCACUAGCGCUGUUCGCAAUCUGCGCUCCGUUCGGUCCGCCGAGUCUGCUAGAAAUACCGCAGAAAGAAGUUAUGUUCAAGAGCAAACACAAACUCGAUCUAUGUCUAGUCUCUAUGGACCAAAGGGGCAAGAUGUUGCUGGGAUACACGGACGCCGAGCUGGCCAACAUGGGCGGCUACGACCUCGUACACUACGACGACCUGGCGUACGUGGCGAGCGCACAUCAGGAGUUGUUAAAGACUGGUGCGUCGGGGAUGAUCGCGUACCGUUUCCAGACCAAAGACGGCCAGUGGCAGUGGCUGCAGACGUCUUCCAGACUCGUCUACAAGAACUCUAAACCAGACUUCGUUAUUAGCACUCAUCGACCACUCAUGGAGGAAGAAGGAAGAGACCUUCUAGGAAAAAGAACCAUGGAUUUUAAAGUGAGCUACCUCGAUACAGGUCUCACGAGUCUAUAUUUCUCCGAAACCGAACAGCUGUCGGGAUGUGAGUCCACAGUGACCACUCCGCCGCGAGCCGCGAGACGAUACAAGACUCAGCUCCGCGACUUCCUCUCGACUUGCAGGAACAAGCGCAGAGUUCCUUCUACUCCCGCUCCUCCUCCGGUUGACUACCUCGCCGCUGACGUCGCCGCAGCGUAUACUAACCUCAACGGAGCAUACACCGGCCCUUACGGGGAAUACCCUCCCGCACCCGCAUUGCAUUACGCGCCUCCUCCAUUAGAUGAUAGAUUUUUAGCAGCAGACAACCUCUUUCAUCAAUAUAAACCUCUCCCCUACCACUAUACUCCUUACGCGCCCAAUGGCUUCCUAGAACCGGCGCCGCCCGGGUACGAGGUGCCGCCGUACCACAGGCCACCUUCGAGAGAAUACACAUAUGUGGACAGUACCGGUCGGUAUAUGAGUCCGGUGACUGGUCAGGAGAGGAGGUCUCCCAGCGUGGUGGCGGGGCCCAGCCCGGGCGGGUCCAGCGGGUCAACGGAGCAGGAGAGGCUGCAGCCGCAGCCGGCGGAGAUGCCGCGCCAGACGGUGCUGAUGUGGGGCGCGGGCGGCACAGCGCAGGAGGUCCCCGUGGAGUACUCCCCGCCGCAGGUUUGGCGCUACCAGUCACAUUAUCACACCGCUGAAGCGACUCAAUGAGUAGAUAUUAUUAUUUAUGCAAUUUAGUAUCGAUUGAUAGACCUACAUUUUCUUGUUUCUAUUUCAAUAACGGAUCCUAGAGAUGGACGGGGAAGAAAAAUAGUUACCAUGGUCUUGACGAGCAAUAA